AUGCCAGACCCGACUGAGGGGGGCCACCGGCCACUCUCCGCCUCCUCGGCGACCCCCCGCAGGCUGCCUUCGGAACUCAGCCCUCGAAACUGCUACCUGCCCAGCGCCCUCCCAGACCUGGAGCGCGGGCCGGGAGGAGGUGCAGCGCAGUAUUCCUCCGCAAGAGGCCCUGCGCCGAGGACUCACCUGCCGUCCGCUCCUCCUUCAGCGCCCCCAGACACAGCUCCUUCCUGGGGCAUGAAAGCGCCGCCUUCGCGGCCUGGGCGCCCUCGGCAGGGCCGGGAGGAGAACUUGCUCCGGCGGCCGCCACCGCCGCCGCCGCCACGACCCGCUCUGCGCCUGCGCCGCCUCACUGGCCAGGUCUCGAGGGGCGCCGCAUGCAGCAAAAGGGUAACGGCCGGGAGCGCGAGCCCGCGCGGCACCGCCGCUCUCGGGAGGGUGGCCGUGCCGGUGGCGGAACGCCUAGGAGCUGCCUGCGGCACGGCCGCCCCGACGGCAGACGGCCAUGUUUUUGUUCCCUUUUUCUUUUCUUUUCUGCCCCUCCUUCCGCCCCUUUCCACGGAACAGCACUUUCCUUCCCUCCUCCCUCUCCCUUUCCUACUGCGGGGGUGGGUGGAAAAGGGCGGGGGGGAGGGGUGGGGAAGGGCGGGGGCGGGACAGUGCUCUAGCUCCGCCCCUAGGCGGGGCCGAGGCCGCACGGCCACUGCGUGCCCCCCACCAUCCCGCCCGCUCCGGGACCCUCGGGAAGCGAGGGGUCUCAGCCUGCGAGCCCUUCCUCUGCGUCCCCGCGUCGAGUCCCAAGCAAAAACGGAGCUGCGGAGAAAGGGCCUAGGGCGCUGCUUUGCACCCCUUCCUGCGGUGCUCAGACUCGCGGUGUGGUGUGGGUUUAUUGCCUUGGCUUCAGGCAGGUGGAGGCUGCUCCUCUUGAGUGUUUCAAAGCCGAGGAGAGUGGCGCGGAGUCGCUCAGAGUCAGUGAAGAGAAUAACGAGAGGGAUGCUUUUCUCUGGACGAGAAGUUUCCUUCCAGGGAGGGAGUUGGAAUUUCCACGCAUGACUGAGGGGGGCCUCCGGGGCCGCGGAGAGACCACCGCGGACUGGCGCUUCCCGAAGUCCCUGCCCGGUUGCGGCGCCCCAUGAGAGUCGGCCAGCGCUCAGAGUCACUACCUUGGCGGAGAUUUCAGGAUGGAAAUCGAUUGCUUAAAUAAUCAGUCCUCUCCUGCCUGCUAAAUUGCUCACUCUGGGGAAACCAGCUACCAUGUCAUGAAGCAGCCCUGUGAGUUCAGAAGUAGGUAUUCACCAGGUUGAGCCUUGAGAUGACUGCAGCCACACCAACACCUCAGUUGCAACCUCCUGACAGAGGCUGAGCCUGAAUCACCCAGCUAAGCUGCUCCUGCAUUCUUUACUCACAGAAGCUGUGAGAUAAUAAAUGUUUCUUGUUUCCAGCUGCAAAAUUCGGGAGUAAUUUGUUACAUAACAAUAGUUAACUAAUGCAGCACAAUAAUACUUGGAAGAGCAAGCGUUCAUUAAUGCUUAGUGUAUAACUGGGUUCAGCAUUUGAUACUUAGCACCCUAUAAUGCUGAGUUUAAUGAUAGUGUUCACGAUUGCAGUAAGAGAAGGUAUCCAGGAGAAAUGGAAAGACUGACUUUGUCUGAUCUGUUAUUUAUAAACUGUCUUUGCUCCAAGAGAAUUUACUAAAGUGUAUUUCAUAUACUGUCCAGGAUUUACUUCAAAAAAAUGCAUUAGGGAUGGGAGAGUAAGUAGAGUUUUAGGUAAAACAAAAUUGUGCAUAUGUUGAAGUGAAGUGAUUGGUACAUGGCAGAUUCCCUAUGUUCUCUACUUUUUCUGUCUUUUUGAAAUUUUCCCUUAAAAAAAAGUUGUUCUAAGUAUUUCAUGGAAUCAUAAAUUUGGAGCUGAGGGAAAUUUUUAUUAGAGAUCAUCCAUUCUAAUUCAUUUGAUAGAUGAGGAAACUAAGGCCUAGCAGCAUUUAUUGGGUUACCUAGAGUCUCCCAGUCUCAGUUUUGGCGAUUUCAUAGUUUAGUAUUGAGAAGAAACUACUAAAUUCAUAGCUCUUUAUUUUCCUAAGCAGAAUAACUGGCUUCAGAUUGCCUAGGAUAGCCUUCACAGAAUAAAAAUCCAAGCCUGAUCUCUGCUUGCCACGUAUAUUUCACACGGUGUAGACUGGCAUGUUUUUUGGUUCCAGCGCCUCACUCAUCACAUUUCAGAAACAUAGAAUUUUGAAAACAUAGAAGAUCGGAAGCCUGGUGUUUCACACCAGCAGGAACUCCUAGUUACUUUUAGAGAGAGUUUUAAGUAAAAAUGACAUCAGCAAACACUAGAUCUGCUUUAUUCAUAGUGAUAUCUGAAUGCCGCAGUGUGUUCUGCUCUCCACAGGGAGUAUUAGAACACUUGUCUCUUUGUGCACCGCUCCGGUAUCUUAUCUGGCUAAGGACUCUGUGUCAGUAGUAUCAGAAUGGGCUCAUCUAGAGUCUUCUGGAGUUACUCAGCACAUUCUUUAUCCAGCUUGCUUUAUUAGGCUUGCAGGCCAAAUACGGCUGGCCUAAGAGUGGGGAGGGCUGGCACAAGGCUUUUGGUCUUGGGUCAGAGGGGAGUAAGUGAUUCUAAGAACAGGAUGCUAACAGACCAUUAGGAAGAGCAGGGAUUAGCAGAGAGAGAAAAAGAAAUAAUGGGGAGAGAGGUCGACAGAAAGACAGUCUACAUGAAUAUCUGAGACACAAGGUGUACUGCGCAUGGCUGGCUUUUGUGGGCUCCCUACAGUAUUUUAACUGGAGGGCAUAAUCCUCUACCCUCAGUCUUUCCCCAAUAUUGGGGAGCAAUGUCUAUUACAACUUGAACACCUUUUUAACACCUAACAACUCCAAAUACAGCCAGUCUCCCUAACUGGCACUUGUCCAUAUCUAUCCAUUCAGAUGUGUUCCUCGUUUCCCACCCUACAGGCCUAUUGCCUAUCCUGGCCAUAGCUCAACUCUUAACCUGCUUCCUCCAAACCCAAACUCCUUAAUUCUGGUUAUUACUCAAAUCUUAGCAAAUCUUCCUGACCACCGAUCAAGAAAUACAUGUAUUUUUUAUUUCAAAGAUUAAUUUUUAAAAACACUUUGUUACAGAAAACAAUAUAAGCAAAAAAACAGUGCUAUAAUGAAUUCUUCUGUAUCUAUCACCUAACUUCAAUUCAUAGUUAAUCUUGUUUCAUGUAUCCUCUUACCGCCUUCCCCACUCCUUUUGUAUUUUGAAGCAAAUACCUGACAUUUCGUUUGAUCUGUAAAUAUUUCAGCAUUUUUCUCUAAAAAAGGACGUUUAAAAAACAUAACCAUAAGGCCAUCCCGGCCACUAAAAAAUUAUUUUAAUGUUCUAUUAAAUACUUUUUAAUGACAAAGAACCUAGAAAUACUGAAAUCGCAUCCUCUCUAGCCCCCUCUCACUCCUCGUGGAUCUAUUCCCUGGGGCACAACUCUUGCCUGGAGGGUUUGAGUUUGCCAUACACCUCUGAUUGGUGAACUGGAAUGUUGCUGUCCCAGUCUUUUUAUCCAGCUUCCUCCAUG